CUAAAAUCAUCAAUACACACUUGAUGACAACAUUUUUCUGUUCUUCCUCCUUUGUUUGUAUAGAAAUGGAGAAGACAGCGAUAAAGCAGGAUUUCUUUUCAAGCUUUCAUUGCAUGUUCCAGAGGAUCUGGGUUCUUUAUAUUAUUCCUUUGGCUUCAGGCCUCAAGGCUCAAUCUGCCGUCUGCCAAACAGUAGGAGCUGCUGUAUCAGUGAAAGACCCUUGCUGAAAUUUGAAAGGAGAAAUAGGAACUCAACUUCUGCUUCUAAAUGCUUAUCCCUCAGACCAGAAACAUUGGCCUUCCAAUGAUGAAUCUUAUGAGAUUCAAAGGAUUGCCCAUCUUGCAGCAACUACAUAUAGAGGAGAAACUGCUUCGAACCACAUCAGAAAAUUGGUGCAUCAUCAAUGAUGGCACUAGUGAUCCUGCCAUUGUAAUGGGCGUUUCAGGGAAACCUGCUGAACUUCUUGAAAUUGGAUCUGUAUUACGCGAUCAGGUUCCUGUCAUAAGAAGGUUUACAGGGGGAGGUACUGUUAUCGUUGACCAUGGGACGAUAUUUGUCACUUUCAUAUGCAACAAAGAAGCAGUGCUUGACUUAAAGCCAUUUCCUAGACAAAUCAUGUCUUGGAGCAGCUUAUUAUACAGCAAAGUUUUUCAAGGAAUUGGUGAUUUCCAUCUUCGUGAAAAUGAUUAUGUAUUUGGUAACCACAAGUUUGGUGGAAAUGCACAAUCCAUUACAAAGAGUAGGUGGAUCCACCACACGUCAUUUUUAUGGGACUUCGAGGUCAGGAACAUGACUUACCUGAAACUUCCUAAACGAGCUCCUGAAUAUCGAUUGGCAAGGGGCCAUUUGGACUUCAUAUGCCGUAUGAAGGAUUACAUGCCAAGAUCAACUUUCAUUAACAAAACUGUGGAGGCAACUGGAACCCAAUUUUCAUUGAGGUCUAUUAUGUCGGAAGAGAUUGAAAGUUGCUCCGAAACAGAAUUCUAUCCUUCAACCAGGCUGCUAACAGAUAAGGAAUUGGAGGCAGCAGCUGUUGCAGGGCAAUAACCUUGGGUUCCC